UGUUGAUUUGUAACAGUUCUGUUUGUUUCAAUUCCAAAUCUGAUUUUUGUUUUUCCUUCUCUAGCAUCUCUCUGUUGCUAAGACACUGGACAGUGCUUUUGCUAUAGCAAGGAAAAUCUGAAUUCUUCCAACAGUCAAGAUGGGGAAAGAUUAUUAUUCUAUCCUGGGAAUUGAAAAAGGGGCUUCUGAAGAGGAUAUCAAAAAGGCUUACAGAAAACAAGCGCUUAAAUGGCAUCCAGAUAAGAACAAGUCUCCUCAUGCAGAGGAAAAAUUCAAAGAGAUUGCAGAAGCUUAUGAAGUGCUGAGUGAUCCCAAAAAGAGAGACAUUUAUGAUCAGUUUGGGGAGGAAGGUCUGAAAGGAGGAGCUGGAGGAUCUGAUGGACAGGGUGGUACCUUCCGGUACUCCUUCCAUGGUGAUCCACAUGCUACAUUUGCAGCUUUCUUUGGUGGCACAAAUCCUUUUGAGAUCUUCUUUGGAAGGAGGAUGCCUGGUGGCAGAGACACUGAAGACAUGGAGGUGGAUGGUGACCCAUUUGGAUCCUUCACUAGUUUUAGUAUGAAUGGUUUUCCAAGGGAAAGAAAUACAGUUGGUAGUCAGUUACGUCGUAAACAAGAUCCCCCUGUAAUCCAUGAACUAAAAGUGUCAUUGGAAGAGAUUUAUCAUGGCUGCACAAAAAGGAUGAGAAUUUCACGUAAAAGGCUUAACCCAGAUGGCAGAAGUGUCCGAACAGAGGACAAAAUUCUUACUAUUGAGAUAAAAAGAGGAUGGAAAGAAGGCACCAAAAUCACUUUUCCGAAAGAAGGUGAUGAAACACCUAACACAAUUCCAGCUGAUAUUGUUUUUAUCAUUAAAGAUAAACCGCACUCUCACUUCAAAAGAGAUGGAUCAAAUAUUAUCUAUCCUGUUAAGAUCAGCUUAAGGGAGGCUUUAUGUGGCAGCUCUUUCAACGUGCCAACGAUAGAAGGAAGAACCAUACCUAUGACAGUAAAUGAAGUUGUAAAGCCUGGGAUGAGAAGAAGGAUUAUAGGAUAUGGUUUGCCAUUUCCCAAAAAUCCUGACCAACGUGGAGACUUAAUUAUAGAGUUUGAAGUCAUCUUCCCAGAUAACAUUUCUCCAGCAUCAAAAGAAGUACUUAGGCGAAAUCUUCCAGUUUCAUAA